CCAGGUGCAGGGGAUGGGGAAGGCCCUGACCUCGCUGAUGGAAGAGGAAGACGAAGAACAGAGGGCGGACGAAGGGUCAAAGACGCCAGAGCGGAGUGGGAAGCGACGACCUACCACGCCCCUCCUGCCAGAGGUCUUUGACCUGGUGUGGCCCGACGUCCCUCUCACGUACUUCAACUUGUCUCGUUUCUGGCAGCUCGUUAUACAGUUGAAGCUGAGGAGGACGAGAGCAGCGGGACUCGAACUCAAAGUUAUGUUCGCCGAUGUGGUCAAAUUCACUGCCAUCGCGGCUCAGUGCACGCCAUUGCAAGUGGUGGACAUGCUCAACCUGCUGUACAUGAAGUUCGACGCCAGAACCGAGGAGUGCAACGUGUACAAGGUUGAGACCAUCGGCGACGCGUAUAUGGUAGUGGGAGGAGCGCCGGUGCAAGUGAGCGACCAUGCAGAGCGAGUGGCGAGGCUGGCGCUGGCCAUCAUCGGCGAGGCCAGCACUGUUCCUGACCCCGUGUCGGGCAUGCCGCUGCAGGUGCGCGCCGGCAUGCACUCAGGCCCCGUGGUGGCAGGGUGCGUUGGGGUCAAGAUGCCUCGCUACUGCCUGUUUGGGGACACCGUCAACACCGCUUCGAGAAUGGAGGCUUAUUCGCUCCCAGGGAAAGUUCACUUGACGCGACAAACUUACAACCUUCUGAAAGGCCGCAAUUACAAAUUCACUCAACGAGAGAAGCUGAACAUCAAAGGAAAGGGAACCAUGGUGACUUACUUCCUGGACAGCGGACCUGCGGCCACUGGUCUUCCAUCCUGGUCGCCUUCUCAUGCCGUCCAGGUCAAGGAACCUCGAUCUCCCUCGGAUUCCGUACCUGAUGCUGCUGCCAACACUCCCGGCGCCCCAACGGUGGAAACAGGAAUCAAGAGUUCCUGCAUCAGUCUGUUAUCCUUCCCCUCCGUGAUGCGCGCCAGCUCCGCCGUUCACCCCGCCAUCACGGUGACCAAAUCAACCACGUCCGCCUCAAGUUCGACCGACGAAAUUCAGGUCACUGUCAACUCCCACGGCAAAAUGACAAGGAAAUUAUCACCAAAUAUCUGUUUAAACAAACCGGAUGAAGCCAUAACCGUGAGUCCCUGUUCGGACAAGGUCUCGGAUCAGGCUCGUUCCCCGGGCAGUGCGAACAGUGACCCGGGAAGGGUGUGCCUCACCAAUAAGCCCUCUCGUGAUCUGCCAGUAUUGCAAUCAGAAUUCUUCAUCCCUCACGACAAUAAGAAUCAAGGGCAAUCAAAAAAUAAUCGAACGAAGAAAACUAUAAAUUGUAAAUCAUCUGUUUGUGUUAUCAUUUGAAAGUAUUUAUAUGUGCAGAAUGAUACAUGUACUGAUAAUUCAUAUUCACAAACGAUAGUAUUUCAUAUGUACGGGCAUACUAGGCUAUUUUCGUGCAUGCUAAAUAUUGAAUCACACGUUGUGUGCCAUGUAAAAAUAAGUUUGUUUAUUGAGAUCUCAAAAAAAGAAUCCAUCCAUAUAAUGUACAGUAUUUUUAUGUAAAUUAUGUUCUUAUUAAUGCCAUGAUUUGAAGAUUGUAGUGCAUUGAAUUCUACUGCAGACUGAGUUUCACAGGAAAUAUCAGACAAUAAUAUUUAUUUACAAUAGUCUUGGUGAGCGUAACAUUUGAACCCAAGUUGCUGUUGUUUAUUAGUAGCGAACCAGCCAAUAACCAUCUUGUGCUGUGUGGCCCCAUUAGAGACAGUACCAGCUAGUCCAGUACACUCUUCAACCGCUAUGCUUGUGUGAGGAUGAAGCUUAUUCACGCAAGUCACUUUCUCGGUUCGAUUUUUUUUCUGAUAAAAUAUAAUUCAACCAUCGCCAUAGUCGUAUAUGAUAUUUGGCAAUAGCUGUUAUUUGCGCUGUGAUUAAAAAAAAAAAAAAAAAAAAAAAUCAGAUAUACGUGAGAACCUUCAUUGACUUUUUGGCAGACCGUGACUCCUUUGGAUACACCUUACCUAAAUUAUUAAUAUACGACAUAUUAACGGCCAAAAUUGAGAGAAACCUGACUUUCCUCAUAGCCUAUGUUUACGAAAAUGGAACAAUUAAUCCAUUAAUUUUAUCUCAAUUUAACUUAACAAAGGAUGAAUUAAAUAAUACAUUUUUAGUGGGGGAUUUCUUUGUAAAGUUGUAUACUUUUUUCGAUUUUCAAGUGAAAUGUAAGGUGUCUGCCGGUCGUAUUAUUAAGCCUGUGGAAAGGAGUAGGUCUAAAUCUUAUUCGGUAAGAGUGUUCAGUGCUAAUCAGUUUCAUUUUUUAAAACUUCUUGGCGAAGUAGGAAAAAAUAUUUUUUCUGCGGGGUCUACAUUAAUAUAUCUGCUUUACCUUGCGCAAAAUGAAGUAGUAGGUUGUUCUAAAUGGUGGCUAAAGGUUAAAAGCAAAAUAAAUGUUCUAGACACCGAAGGUCAUGUAGCACAAUAGGAAAGCAUGGUACCGAAAAGGGUACAGAGGGGGUCGGGUGCGUGCGUUAGUGAUUAUGUGUUACAUGUCAACAGUCGUACAGCAGGAGGUUGGUACUGGAAACGGUAAGAUGGGGUAAAGGUUAAGAGGGUGAGUAAAUCGAUCGAAAUUGGGAUAAGCAAAGAGAAGUGGUUCUAAAAGAUGCACGGAUUCGUUGCACAUUUCGCUCGCUCGAUACGUAAGUUCUAAGGACGGGAAGUGCGAUGAUACAUAUAAUUAUGCUUAGUAAAAAAGAAGAAAUAUAAGUGGUAAAAGACCGAUUUUAUCAUACCAUCAACUUUACAAAAUUAUUUUGAUUAUUGAAAAUUUGCUGCCGCGUCAACCCUAACAUCAUGUAGCGGCGUAUUCAAAAUAUAGCGUUAUGGUGAAGCACUUAGGAAAGGAAAGGUCAUACAGCACACUGAUAAGAGGGAGGAGCAAACGGAGUACGAUUCCGUUCGGGACUGACACAAAACCAGCCUUUCAUCCUUUCAGGACGGCUCACACAGUUUAGGAUGAGGACGGAAGGGGAUGAAGAAGAGAAGGCAAGGGAAAGGAGAUGAAAAGGCCAUGCAAAAUUAGUUUCAUAAGCUGGAAUCAACGAACAAGGGAUUGGGGGGGAGGUAACUUUGCAGGGACGCUUCAAAAUGUCUUGUGUAGUAACUACAGGCAUCAAUACUAAUUACAUCAUGGUCUAGACUUUGCAAGAGAGAUUAGUCUAAUUAUUCCACUGUGGGCUUUAUACACGCAAACGUCCAUUUUACUUUAAUAAUCCAAAGUACAAUUUGGUAGUUGCUAUUUUGCAACAGCAAUGUGCAAUUUCUACCGUUUCAUAUUUCAGUUUUGUUAUAUAAUUUCGCAAUUUCAAAAUAGAUAUAUACCAAGAGACUUUUGAGGCUCAAUCUUGUAUAUGUGAUGUAACCUAUUCGUUGUAUAUAAUAAACACAGAUGACGUAAC